GUCCACCGAUCGGCGGAGAGCGAGAGUGCAGGGGACGGGAACGCGCCGCACCAUCACCACUGCCGAGCGUGCGCCUCGCGCGUGUGCGCUCGAUGAAGGGCAAGAACAGCUCCUCCUCAUCUGAGAGUUUCUUCAGGGCCCAGUAUGAGAGCGUCUGCAAGGAACGGGAUGCGCUUCAGGGAACGAUCGAGGCGCAGGAGCGAGACAUCGACGAGCUGAAGAAAAGCGUCUAUGAGCUCUCGUACAUGCUCUCCAUGCAGGGGAGCGCCGGUUCAGCCCCAGCAUCGGCAAGCCUUGCACCUGCGGCAGCAAGGCCUGGUGCUUCAACGGGGGGCAACGUAACGGGGCCGCCAAGCCGAGAAGUGUUCGACCCCCGCGUCGGACUCGCGACGGCCCACCUGGACGCUCUCGGUCUCAUGAACGGGGGCGGAAUAGGGGUCGGCAGCAGCGGUAGCGGAUUCGCGGCGGGACGAGUUCUCGUGGCAGAGGCGAAACUGUCGGGCCACACGGCGGCCGUGUACGUGGCCAAAUUCUCCCCGAGAGACAGCCUUGUUGCCUCCGCUGGGUUCGACCGGACCCUGCGGCUGUGGGAGGGCGCCUACCCUUACAGCCAGGUGGCAUGCUUGGAGGGGCACCGCCAGUUGAUCAGCGACCUCUGCUGGGCCCCCGACGGGAGGUCGCUUCUCAGCGCUUCGUUCGAUCAGACCGUCGCCAAGUGGGACACGGAAACCGGCCAGAGAGUGGGCAACAUGCUCUCGCUCGAAGGAUUAGUGCAGUGCGUCCAAGUGGCGGCGGAAGGCGGAGCCGAGGGCGGAGUAGGAGACGGUGGCGGCGGGGUCGCGACCGGUUUUGGCGGCGGCGGCGGCGGCGGGGUCGGCGGCGGGGUCGGGGGCGCGUGCGGGGGAAGGGUGGCGUACGCGGGGUCGACGAGCAAGAAGAUUUACACGGUGGACACGAGGGACCCGAUGGGGGUUGUGGCUAAGUGGAAUUGCGGGGCUUUCGUUAACUCCCUCCACGUCUACUCUGAUGGGAGCAAGGUGGUUUCGGCCGACGCGAGCGGGAAGAUUUUGACAUGGGACACAAGAACCGGCGGGGUCGUGGACUCGUACAGCCUUGAAGACCCCAUACACAUCUCGCACAUACAGGCGUCGCCCCCGGAUGCCGGCCGGCAGGACGAGGAAGGCCUACUCCUAGCCGCGAACUGCUUCGACAACACCCUCAGGGUAUUCCACCGACGCUUCUUGAACUCGCGACCCCCGCCGCCGCCGCCGCGGCCACGGCGAUCCAACACCGCCGGUGAUAAACACAGCGGCAGCAGCAGCGGCGGCGGCGGCGGCGCUGCCUCUUCCGCGAUGUCGUCGACGAGCUCGCAGUCUAGCGACGCAGGGAAGGCUGCGGGCGGGGCGGGGGGUGAGCAGGAGGAGGGGGAGGCUAAGCCUAAGGAGCCGUCGCUGGAGCUGAUGCACGCGCUACGGGGACAUACCGUCAAGAACUGGCCAAUUCGGGGUUUGCAUCACCGUCCUCCGCGUGUUCGCCUCGGGCUAGCAAAGGGGGGGAACGGGGGCGGGGCGCGCGGGGGAGGUGGGAGCGGAGGGGGGGGUAAAGGGGGCUCCGGGAGUGGUGGAAAGGUAGGGCGCGGGGGGGAGGGUAUGGGGUACAAGGACCUUGGAAACGACUGGCAACACUCGUUAGUGCUGGCAACCGGGAGCGCGGACGGGAGCAUUCACGUCUUCGAUUUGUCUAAGGGCCAGGGCGAUGAAAUUCAGACGUUGCGAGGGCACAGAGACAGGGUUUACUCGACUGACUUCCACCCCACCGAGCCGAAGCUCGUCUCUUCCAGCGCGGACAAGACUGUGCUGAUAUGGGAGCCGAACAGGAAACGCAACUCACGGAAAUGAUUUUGAUCAGCAGAUGCAUGAGGGUUGCGCGACUUGGCAUUUCAGGGAGCAAAACUUGAUUUGUGCACUACGUAGAUCGAGGGUCCUUCGUAGAUCUUGAUUCGGAGAUUUUCCUUCACAGGGUUUUGUAAUAGGAUCAACAGAAUUAAUGUACUUAGUAGUCGAUAACAUGCGCGCCCGCGCGCGUGUCAGCUGCUCCUUUUGUCGCUUUUUUUAUCUUCUUUUCGAAGGCUGACGACCGGCGGACUCACGACUGAAGAAGCCCCACCAACGAAUUGGAUGCACGGAAGGGAUGUGUGUCGUCUUCCUCCCCGUACAUCCUCCCCCGCCGAGUCUUGUUCAUUGGUUUACCCGAACACGUAACAAUGUUGCUGUCGAACUGCAGGGGGGGCUCUCUGGAACGGAAGGUAUCCUGCCCCCCCCCGCCGGAGAAGUUAGGUGGUGUUCUACUUAUGGAACACAUCCAAAGUUGUAUUGCCGCAGCUGGUUGGACGAACACGCAUAAGCUGGACCUGCAGGCAGCAUUGAGGCCCGUGAUGGUAGUUUUGGGAUCCGUUUGUUGAACGGCGUCCUCCAUCUGGUGGGCUGUGGAAACGGAGGGGGGGUGGGGUGUAGUCAUACUCGUGCAUGCCGUAGUCGUUAGACCAUUGACCUCCGGGGGGUACUGUUUACGAAGACCAAGGCAAGGCGUGUCCAUGGACAAUGGGAGCGAGGCAGAGAGGAGAUCCACAAUCGCCUCUUGAGGCACGAUUUCGUUUGUCGGAACAGGAGUUGAUGAUACUUGUGUAGUAGUCUGGGGGAGAAAAAUGUUCCGUGGGACAGGCGGGCGUUUUUUCCCGUGUUUUUUGUUGGCCAAGCGAAGGCGGGGAAGGAUGGCGAGAAACAGAAAGGAAGCUGCUGUUUUAGCCUCGAUGAAGGAAAUGAUGAGCUACGGGGGAGAACUACACAUCUAUCUCUCCUGCGCUGCCCGCCGACACUGCGGGUCAAACUGUUGUAGCCACUGUUAACUGAGGCCCUUCGUGUUCAUGGAAUCUUCGGAG